AUGGCCGCUACCAAGCCCGACUACACCAAGGACCCCUCGGGAAAUGCCAUCGUCAAGCCCGGUCUGAACGAGCAGGUGCCUGCUGGAAAGCCCUACACAAUCGAAUGGGAUCCCACUACCACAGGGCCGAUCUCCCUGGUGCUCCUGCGCGGUCCCAGCAACAAUGUCCUCCCCAUUGCGACCCUGGCCGACAACAUCCCCAACUCCGGUAGCUUUUCCUGGACUCCCAGCACCUCCCUCGAGCCCGACACCACCCACUACGGUCUCAUGCUGGUUGUCGAUGGCACUGGUCAGUACCAGUACUCGACGCAGUUUGGUAUCUCCAACCCAGACUACACUGGCUCGUCUUCCAACUCGUCUUCGACGACCACUACCGCGACUGAGACCAAGUCUUCUUCCGUGACGGGGUCUUCUUCUAAGCCCUCGGCCACUGGCACGACUACUGCUACUACUACCGCGACUUCUGGUUCGGCCAGUGCCAACUCCACCACCACCGCCACCACCCCCGCCACCACCUCGGAGACCUCCGCCACUACCCUGGUUACCCAGAGCACCACCAAUGCUCCCACCUCGACUGUGGUUGUGACUGUUCCUAACAGCACUGGCGGCUCUUCCGCCGUUUCCUCUGUCUCUCACAGCCACUCCAGCACCCCGUCCCCCUCGGCGACUCUCUCGAAUGGAGGGGACCGCAAGGCGAUCAGCCUGGGAGCGGUUGUAGUGGGAGCAUUCGCAGUGAUGGCUUUUUAA